CGUCGUGUGAAGGCACCGCGACGCCGGCGGUGGGAGGGUCCCGGAGGGGAGCGGGGACACGGCGGGCGGUGCUGGCAGCGUCCCGCACUGCCGCGGCAGCUGCCGGCGGGCCAUGGGGGGAAAGAGCCUCGGCGUGUUCGGGCUCGGCGCCCUGCUCCUGGCCGCUGCCUCGGGGGCUGCCGAGCCGCCGCCGAGCUGCGAGAGUGUCAGGAAAGUUUUCCAGCUGCGGCAGCUUGGCUCCCUCAAAGGCAUCCCGGAGUCCCCGCGGGCAGGGGUUGAUCUCCAGGUUUGUACUUCUAAAAAUCCAACAUGCUGUACCAAAAAGAUGGAAGAAAGAUAUCAGACUGCAGUGAAGCAAGAUAUACAGCAAGUGCUUCAAACAUCAAGCGCUACAUUAAAAUUUUUGAUAUCUCGUAAUGCAGCUGCUUUUCAAGAAAACUUUGAAAUGCUUAUCAGGCUGGCUGAGAAUUACACAAGCACGCUUUUCUGCAGUACAUAUAGAAACAUGGCUGCCGAGGCUACUACACAUGUUCAGGAGUUUUUCACAGAUGUUGGACUCUUUGUAUUUGGCGCAGAUGUUAGCACGCAGGAAUUUGUCAACAGAUUUUUUGACACUUUGUUCCCAGUAGUCUACAACUACAUAAUUAACCCUGGUCUGACUGACAUUUCACUAGAAUAUGCAGAGUGUCUCCGAAUGGCGAGAAGAGACAUCAGGCCCUUUGGUAGUGUUCCCAAAAAGGCAAUAGGACAAAUAGAAAGAUCACUGCUACCCAGCCGGACUUUCUUGCAGGCUCUAAAUUUGGGGAUUGAAGUGAUCAAUACAACAGAUCAUCUACAUUUCUCUAAAGACUGCAGCAGAGCUUUACUGAGAAUGCACUACUGCCCCCACUGCCAAGGGCUGACUUUAAGUAAGCCCUGCAUGGGCUACUGCCUCAAUGUCAUCCGGGGCUGCUUGGCUAACAUGGCAGAAGUUGAUCUUCAUUGGCGGGGAUAUAUUCAGUCCCUGGAGGAGCUCUCAAAUGCCAUGAGUGGGACACACGACAUUGAGCAUGUGCUUCUAAACUUUCAUUCACUUGUUAAUGAUGCUCUUGUACAGGCUCAUAUCAAUGGGCCAGAAUUAUCUGAGCAGGUGAAAAAGGUAUGUGGUUCUCCUGUAAGGAAGCCUGCUGUGUCUCCAGGUUGCUCCUUUGAUCAGAACAUUGAAAGGUUGAAGAUGUUCUCAAGAGACGGUGAAGAAACCCUUGCCAACAGAAGAAAAGAAUUUAUCAGCCACCUCAGGCUCUACAGAGCAUUUUAUGGCGGCCUGGCUGAUCAGCUGUGUGGUAACGAGUUGGCAGCUGCUGAUGGACUCCCGUGUUGGAAUGGAGAAGAUGUUGUAAGAAGCUAUACUCAUCGCGUGGUUGGCAGUGGAAUCAAAGCUCAGUCUGCAAAUCCAGAAGUAAAAGUGAAGGGAACAGAUCCUGUAAUAAAUCAAAUAAUUGACAAGCUGAAACAUAUUAUUCAGCUGUUACAGGGCAAAUCAUUUCCUAAAUAUCACAAAUGGGAUCUCCAACAGAUAGGCAGUGGUGGAGGUGUGCAUGAGGAAAUCAGUGGAGACUGUGAUGAUGAAGAUGGUUGUGAAGGAUCAGGAAGUGGAGAAGUUAAGAGAGUCCUGAAAUCAAUAGACUGGUUUGGAUACCUGAGAACUCGCCUUAGCCGUAAAGAAUGAAGCAAAGAAGGCAUCCAGGAACUUCAAAUCAAAACACUCCAAAUUGUGCCCAUAACACCAGAAUUGAAGCCAGUUAUUGGUCUCCUGGCUCUUACUGUUUCUUUCUUCAUCAUUCCCUGCAACUGUAAUCAGUGGUCACAUAUUUAAAACUUAAGAUAACACUGGUUAAUACACUUAAAAUCGGUUUAUUAUUCACAAAAUUUCUUUCGACUUCUAAACCUGAUCUAAAUAAAUACCCUCUGACAAUUCUGUAUUUCAUAGUUGGUUACAAAAUCUCUUUUACAUGUGUAAAGAAAUUAACAAUACUUGCAGGGUUUUUUUUAGGAGGAACUAACAUCUUUGGUUGAUUAUAUUUCCAUCUCUCACAGGGAAAUAGGUUAGGACUGAAAAUAUUUCCUCCUGUUAGGGAAGUAGUGGUAUGUUUAUUUUCAUUCCUUCUUAUUCUUUAAUCAUUCUACACAGCAGAAAGAGCUAAUAUUUUCACUAGCUGUGGGUAGAGACAAUACAUUAAAAAGAUAUUGAAGAUCAAUUAAAUCACACGAAAAUAUUCUCGUCUCUUGGUAGUCAUCCCUUGUAACAAUAGAUACCUGAAUUCUCCAGAACUCUCUUCAGAAGCUGAAAACAUGAGCUCAUCCUCCUUUGGAAUUUCACAAUCGAGCUAACUUUUUAAAAAUCAUUUUAUAAUUUAUUCUAUUUUUGGAGGAUGUGGGUUCACUUUUUUUUUGUUUCAUGUUUUGUCUCAUUUUAGAUGAAUUUCUUAAAUAUUUUAACAUUUAUUUUGAUCUAAAAAUGUGACAAUUUUUAGAUUAUAGUUAAAGCUAUGCUGCUUCUUAAAGUGUCUGAAAGUAAAAAUCACUGUGUUCUUGGUUUUACACUGUUUAUCCUUUUUAUUCUAAACAGAUAUAUGACAAAAAAAGCAGUAAAAAAAAGUGGAAUUUAACACAGCUACAUUUUUCUGGAUGAGUUGUUUAAAGAUAUCAUUACUAAGCCUAUGUUUUCACAGCAGCUUAAAGUGAUAUAAAUACUGGCUGCUGCAGUCUCAUCCUCUGCUGUAUCUCUUAUUCAUGUGUUCUACCUCCUUUCUUGAGUUGGCUUUGGCAUUUACUGCGUCUCUCAUUCACCUGUUCUGUAUCUAAUGCCACAAAAAUCACUGUUUAACUCUCAGGAGGAACCAGUGAUAACUGAGUUGAGUACCAAGUAAAACAUAUCAUCCCACAGUUAAGAUUUAGCUUAGUGUAAAAUUACAAAGGCUGGUAGCUACGGACUCAUACACUGCAUCAGGCUCUUCCUGGAUUUUCUUCUUUCCCCUUGAAAUUUUUUAUAAGAUGAGGGUCUAAAUUCAGCGAAAAAGGACAGUCUUCUACAUGAUUAGAGAGAAUUAUCUCAAUCUCCCAAAACCGAGGUAAGAAGUUAGCCUAGUUUUUCCUGUUCUUCACUCCCCAAGUUUAUAGAUGAGAAGCGCUGUGCCUUGUGCUGAACUCUAUGCUGUCAGGUUUAUUAAGCCUCUUCAGAGCAUACUAAGUGGAUUAUGUUCUUUCAGAGACUUAGAUCUCUACCUAUACUUUGGACCUGAAUAUCAUUGCUGCUCACAUGAGAGCAUGUCUCUUCUCAGACAUUACAGAGCUUAUCUAUUUAAGUGCCUGAUGCUCAGUUUUGCUGCCAAAUAAAACUGGCACCAGUUAGACAUAA